GUGGCCUGGUCUCUCUUUCUUCUUUCUUCGUCUUGGCAACUCCUCGCUCCCUCCUCAAAACCUCGCGAUUCGCGAUCCGCAUGCGAGCGCCGCCAAUCCCGAAGGCUUCUCCCGCCAAUCCCUGGAUCCCUCGUAGUGCCCCGGGGAACCUAGCGGUGGUUGCUGUGCUGCCACCAAAGGUGGCGCCUCUCGAGGAGUUGGCGAUUGUUUUUCCCGGUCGACCGGUGCAAAUCGUGCACUCGCGUAAGGUGUGAGAAGAAGAGAUGGUUUGAGUAUUUAACGCAUGGCUUCCAUCGCCAUUUCGUACUGAGUGGUGAAAUCUAACCAAAUGUGCGAGGUGGCUGCUACCUUUUCAGGUGAAAUUGAGUGAUUCUUGGGUGUCUUGGUCUUGGAAUCGUGCAAUAGGCAACGCGGGUCGCAUCUUUGCGCUGUUCUCGAGUUAAUUUGGGGGUUCUUCUCAUCGGCGGGUCGAGAGGGGGCGGUGGAGGCACAGGGGGCAAGCUUAGCAGGGAGAUGAGGGAUGUGGCCGUGGCUGGAGAGGAUUGCGGCCGCGUGCUGGGACCGGGUCCGGAGGUACGCGCUUACGAGGAGGGAUGAGGAAGACGGCAGCGGCAGCGGCGGUGACGCCAACGACCUGCUGCUGUGGUCGCGGGACCUCGCGCGCCACGCGGCGGGCGAGUUCUCCUUCGCCGUGGUUCAGGCAAACGACGUGCUCGAGGACCACAGUCAGGUCGAGACCGGGGCCGCCGCCACCUUCAUCGGCGUCUACGACGGCCACGGCGGCGCGGAGGCUUCCCGGUUCAUUUCCAACCACCUCGCCGCGCACCUCGUCCGUCUGGCUCAAGAACGUGGAACAGUUUCUGAGGAUGUUGUUCGAAAUGCCUUUUCUGCUACAGAGGAAGGCUUCUUGUCACUUGUGCGCAGGACACAUUUGAUAAAGCCUUCUAUUGCCUCCAUUGGAUCAUGUUGUCUAGUAGGUGUCAUAUGGAGAGGAACACUCUACCUGGCCAAUCUUGGAGAUUCUCGGGCAGUUGUUGGCUGUUUAACUGGAUCAAACGAGAUAGCUGCUGAGCAACUAACAAGAGACCACAAUGCAAGUAUGGAAGAAGUGAGGCGAGAACUUCGAUCUCUUCAUCCUGAUGAUUCACAAAUUGUUGUUCUUAAGAAUGGUGUUUGGCGCAUCAAAGGCAUUAUACAGGUUUCAAGGUCUAUAGGUGAUGCAUACUUGAAGAAGCAAGAAUUCGCUCUUGAUCCAUCUAUGACUCGUUUCCACCUCUCUGAGCCUCUCCGACGGCCUGUUUUAACAUCAGAGCCAUCUAUAUAUAAGAGAGUUCUUCACUCACAAGAUAGUUUUUUCAUCUUUGCAUCGGAUGGAUUAUGGGAGCAUUUGACAAACCAGCAAGCAGUUGAAAUUGUCCACAACAAUCCACGAGCAGGUAUUGCAAGGAGGUUGGUAAAAGCAGCUUUGAAAGAAGCUGCACGGAAGAGGGAAAUGAGGUACAAUGAUAUCAAGAAACUUGAGAAAGGAGUACGCCGCUUCUUCCAUGACGACAUCACAGUAGUUGUUGUUUUCAUUGAUCAUGAGCUACUGCAGGAGGGGGGUGCUUCUGCUCCUGAAGUUUCGGUUCGUGGAUUUGUUGAUUCAGGAGGCCCCUCAAGCUUUUCAGGGUUAAAUGGCAUUUCUUGACAUGCUAACCUAGUGAUGUUGAUGUCUUUCAUCCUAGUGUAAUCAUACAUAUUAAAGUUUCCUGAUGGUUUAUUUCUUGCAUAGUAUAGUACUCUGCAUAUAUUAACUCUAUGCCUUCUUGAUAUUGGCCUACAUAUUUUAGUGGUUUUGUUACUGUACUUAGAAUAAGCACACCCAUGGAAAGGCCGAUCAGUUCGGAGUUCGGAUUGGUGGUUUAUCAAUAUAUCUGAGUUUUCAUGUUGUCU